AUGUCGGAAGAGAUACGAGAGCACGGUGGUCACACCAUCCCUAAACCUUCUCCACCUCCGCCAAAACGUGGCCUCAUCAGCCGCAAGAGACAGCUCGUGUUUCUCUCGUUCAUGAUUCUACUAGCUGCUAAAGGACUCGUUGGAAUAGGAGAAAUAGCGUUUGUGAUACUAUCUUACAUCUACUUGUAUGAGUUCAUCUCCAGGUUUGCCUUCCCUCGCAAGCAAAACGAGCAGAAGAAGAGACUCUCAAACCCUAAAAACAAACUUUUUCAAGUUUACUUCCUCGCCACUGCCAUCAUCGGCCUACUCUUCCCGAUUUGCUAUAUCGGAGAUGGACUAUUCCGAGGAGACAUUCACGGUGUAAGAGCCGCAGCUCCACAUCUCUUCCUCCUCUCAGGUCAAGCCUUCACUGAACCCAUUGGUUUCUCUGACCGCUUUGCAACGCCCAUUGGUAUUCUUGGACCGGUUUUCUACAACGCUCGUCGUCUCUUUGCGCUUUUGGAUUGGGUUAAAGCCGAGUUCACAGAUACUCAACGUCCCGGUGGUCCGGUAAGAUUGUAUGGAGGAAGAGCCAUUGCUUCGGUUAACACUGUCAUGUGGUUUUAUAAUCUGUUUGGUCUCUUGUUGCCUGUGUUUCUUCCUCGGUCUUUUGAGAUUUACUUCUCAGCCGACAACAAAGUAGAUUAA